AUGGCAUAUUAUCAACAACCCAAUGAGCCAUCUAAUAUGCAAUUCUAUCAAUCAAAUUACUCCAAUAAUUUUUCUCCACAAAAUCCUGGGAUGAAUUCCAUGUCAGGAGGUAUGGAUACUAAUUUCAAUACUGGAUUUGAUAUGGGUAAUAUGGGAGGUGAAUUAACACCAGGAUUAUUGGCAGCAUUUGGAAGUUCUGGAUAUCCAAAUGAACCUCCAUUAUUAGAAGAAUUAGGUAUAAAUUUCCAACAUAUAAAAGAUAAAACCUUGGCUGUUUUAAAUCCAUUAAAUCAAAAUAUUAAUAGUGACAUAAUGGCUGAUUCUGAUUUGGCCGGUCCUAUAUUAUAUGUAUUCAUAUUUGGUACCCUUUUAUUAUUAGCAGGGAAAGUCCAAUUUGGUUAUAUUUACGGGGUUGGAUUAUUCGGUAUAUUAACCUUACAUUAUUUAUUUAAAUUAAUGAGUGAUAAAGUUCAAAUUGAUUUAUUAAGAUCUGCUUCAGUUAUUGGUUAUUGUUUAUUACCUUUGGUUUUAAUAAGUAUAUUGGGAGUAUUUGUAUCAUUAGAUAAUUCAAUAGGUUAUAUUUUAAGUGCUAUUGCAGUAUUUUGGUGUAGUUAUUCAGCUUCAGCUUUUUUUGUAGCGGUCUUAAGAUUACAUAAUGUCAGAAUGUUAAUUGCUUAUCCUUUAGCUUUAUUUUAUACCGUGUUUGCAUUAAUGGCUAUCUUUGUAGAGAAAGAAAAUUAG